UAUAUAUAGGGCUGGCGAAGUAAAAUUCCGAGGAUCGUGAUUCGAUCGUAGAAACGAAGCGAAAUUGGCAGGAUGCCAUCGUGGUCGGGCCGGAGAUCCCGAAAGGGAUCUCGGUUAUCAGGUGGUUCAGGUUCAGUUUCUUCUGCACUUCAAAGUCUGAUGCCUGAAGAGUGCAAGACGACGGAGACGACCACAGUCCGAAAAAAGGAAGAAGUAAUUAUAGAGUGCGAUAAUCCGGAGUAUAUCAAACUCCUGGCUAAAGAACUUGAACCAAUUUUUCAGAAGGAUAAUGACCAGCGAAUCAGUGCGGUCAUUUCCACAAGAACUAGCCACAGCCCGUCUAAGGAAUCACGCACUUCAAAAAGAAUGCCGUCAAAGAAGCGUUCCGUAAAACCUCGUUCACGGUUGCCGACGCGUCGACUAGCAUACCAGGAUUCAGAGUCGCGAAGUGAUAGGCGUAUAAGAAAGGUACCGAAACGUGAGCGUAAGAUCUCGAACCUACUUGGGGGCCUAGUAGGACGGAUCCGAUCAAUUGGAAAGAGAGGUCCUCGAAACGAGUUUGAAAAUUGGUCCCUGCAAAGCAAAAGCCCCCAAACGUCUAGGCUGAGUUGGAAACAUAAGCCUGGCUCGUCUGAGUUUCCUAGUGAUACGAGAAAACAUGGAUCAUCAAAACAACCUUAUCGCAGGAGGUUUAGACCGAAGUUAGACGAUAGGUUGAAGCAACGUAGGUCUAGGGCAUUAACGAAGCCCUCAAUAUCGAAAAGACUGUCGUCGUUGCAUAAACCUAACAAGCCACCCAAAAAGUCAACAAGACCCUUUGAGAAACAGUUUUCUGAAAGAUCUUCACGAAAAUCCAAAAGACCGAGACUGUCUUUGUUUAGUGCAAGAUCAAAACCUGAAAAAUAUAGACAGUCCAGAUCUUCAGGCAAGUCUACGUUCAAAAAAUCUAAUCUUUCGAAGCAGUCCAGAUUUACGGGCAGCCCCUCGCCAGAUAAAUCCAGGCAUUCGCCAGAUAAAUCCAGGCAUUCGCCAGAUAAAUCCAGGCAUUCGCCAGAUAGGUCCAGGCAUUCGCCACCAUCAUUGAAAGAAUCUAGGCCAUCGUCGAAAGAAUCUAGGCCAUCGUCGAAAGAAUCUAGGCCAUCGUCGAAAGAAUCUAGGCCAUCGUCGAAAGAAUCUAGGCCAUCGUCGAAAGAAUCUAGGCCAUCAUCAGAGAAGCCAAAGGUUUCAUCGAAAAAGUCUAAGAUUUCGUCGAAGUUUUCACCGAAAAAGUUUAAGCUUUCGUCUAAAACGUCCAAACCAGCAUUCAACAAAUACGCAGUGAGGUCUUCACCGAAGAAGUCUAAACUUUCAAGUACGUCUGGAACAAGAAGUUCGAAGCCAUUGCGAAAAUUCUCACCCAAGCGAGCCUCACGAAAGUCCUCGAAGAAGAAAACUGUGAAGUCACGAAGAUCGAGAUCUUUACUUAGGUUACCGUCCAUAAGGACCAAGUCUUCCCACAAGUCACUAAGAACCAGUUCAUCUAGAGGCUCAAAGAAGCCAUCAAAAAACACUCGGCGAUCAAAGCCUGGCUCCAAAGCGUUAAAAAGCAAGGAUGUCACUCCGAAAGACGCUAGUCCCGCUCGUGACGAGGCUAAUUUUAAACCUAAAAAGUCAAAACCAGCUACGAAGGGGCGUAGACCCUCAAAAAAGGGUGCCAAGCACCAAUCUAGCAAACGAAGGUCAAAGCUAGGCGCAGUGAGCAGAAGACAUUACCCCAUAGAUUUGCACAGCCGUGGUGAUAACGAGGCUGUUCCUGUACCGCAAAAUGUACGAACAAGAAAACGAAGCAAGCACGGGUCCAAGAAAAGAUCUUCUCAGAAAACUAAGCCUAAACGUAUGUUGAAGGGUGCUGCCGCUCGCCAGUCAAGAGCAGUAAAAAAGCAGUCUAAAAUAGGACGGAAAUCACAAUUAGGACGAAAAUCGCAGGGACGAAAGUCAAAAGCUCCUCAGUCAAGAAGAGCUGGUCCUAAAAAGUCCCAGACCCCAAAAAGCCGAAUGAGUAAUGCGAAAUCCAGGACAGCACAGUCAAGGGGGAAUAAACCAGAUACGGACGACCGUGAUGAUAGUUGCCCGCAAGGUCAGGCGUCUAACCUUCUUCGCUCGAUGGAGAUUGUACGGUCCCGUUCUCAGAUUGAGCAAAUGAUAAUUGGCCUGCUUGCUGCCUGUCUGUUCCUAACAAUUUGCUGGUAUUACUCAGUAUCAUCUUUCAUGUCGGCGAUAUCACGUGGCAGAUUCUGAACAAACGGCAUCCUCGCAACAGUGAUGGUAUCCUACCGUAGGCAAACUUUAAAUAAAUGGUGACUAAAAUUCCACUAGAUAAAUA